AUGUCUUGCCACUCAAACUCUGCAUGUGGCCCCAGGAAUUUCAGCUCUUGCUCAGCUGUCCUGCAUCCUGCAGGCCAUGCUUCCCGGGUGAGCACUUCCUGCUCUGCUAAGGUCACUGAGAUCAGCUAUGGAGGAGAGGGUCACUUUAGUAGCAGGAGCCUGGGUGGCGCUGGUUCAUGUGGCCCCAGGAUUGCUGCCAACAGUUGCCUGCCUCCGCGGUGUGGAUAUAGCUGUCAUGGUGUCGGCACUGGAUAUGGCUAUUGUGGCACUGGAUACGGCUAUGGUUUCAGGCGCUCCGGAGUCUGCCCACCCUGUUCACCUGGCAUCACCCCUGUCACUUGCAACGAGACGCUGCUUCAACCUCUCAACCUGGGGAUCGAUGCCACAGCCCAAGCAGCGAAAUGCCAAGAGAAGAAUGAACUCCAGUUCCUCAACAGCAAGUUUGCCUGUUUCAUUGACAAGGUCCGAUUCUUGGAGCAGCAGAAUCUGAUGCUGAAGACCAAAUGGGACUUCUUGCAAGAGAGGAAGUGCUGCAAAAGUAACAUGGAGCCCAUGUUUAAUGAGUACAUUGCCAACCUGAAGAAAGAGCUGGAGUGCUUGGAAUGUGAGAGGGCACAGCUGCAGGCAGAAAUGAAAAACUGGAGCAACACCCUGGAGUGCAACAGGAAAAAGUUCGAAGAGGAGUGUCACCGGCGCACAUGUGCUGAAAAUGAGUAUGUGACUAUUAAAAAGGAGGUGGAUUGUGUUUUCAUGGACAAGUCAGAAAAGGAGACGAAAGUGGACGCCUUGAUGAAAGACAUCUCCUUUUUCAGAGCUACCUUUGAGGAGGAAAUCCGCGAGCUGCAAUCCUGCAUUUCGGACACCUGUGUCACAGUGCAGAUGGACAACAGCCGAGGACUGAAUAUGGACUGUGUCAUUGAGGAAUUCCGGCGUCGGUAUGAAGAUAUUGCCUCUCGGAGCCGGGCUGAGGCGGAAGCUUGGUGCCAUUGCCAGUAUCAAGAGUUGAAAACAACUGCGGCCAAACAUUGUGACAACCUGCGUAGCGUCAAGGAAGAACUUAGUGAGCUGACACGGGUGGUCCACAGGCUGGAGGCAGAAGUUUCAAGUGUCAAAGCCCAGAGGGCAAAACUGGAAGAGGAGGUGGCUGCAGCUGAGGAGCGUGGGGAGAUAGCUGUGAAAGAUGCCAAAUGCAAGUUGGCUGAGCUGGAAGAUGCCUUGCACAAGGCCAAGCAGGAUAUGGCCUGCCAGCUGCGAGAGUACCAGGAGCUGAUGAACGUCAAGCUGGCCCUGGAUAUUGAGAUCGCCACCUACAGGAAGCUGCUGGAAGGAGAGGAAUACAGGUUGGGUGAGGGAGAAUGUGCUGUGAACAUCUCUGUGCGAAGGAGUCAGGGUGCAGUUGUGUGCGACACCGACCCACGACCUGUGUGCGGGCCCCGCGGCAAGAUCACAACAACCUGUGGCCCUCGAGUGACAACCUGCGGGCCAGGCAGAGAUCCGUCCUCUGCACUCCUACCAGCCAAGAUAAUCACUUGA